AUGCAGCGAGCGACGCAGGACGGCCUUGAAUGGCAAGAAUCAUUUCUGGAUUUAGAGCCAGUAUGGACACGAGAGCCUUCCAUAGGCGCCAUUGAAAGCGUAUCCCGUCAACAGCUCAAGAUAACAUCAGAUAAUCCCUGUACCGUCACAUUCCACGGAGCAGGUUUCUUCAACAAGGUCUACCUCGUUCGUGCUGAGGGAAGUACUCUCGUCAUGCGCGUUACCUUACCUGUCUACCCGCGCCACAAAACACGUGCCGAGGUCAUUACCUUGAAAUGGGUGCGCGAGAACACCACUAUUCCCGUCCCCGAGAUCUUUGCUUUUGACGACAGUAACGACAACGAGAUCGGCUUUGAAUGGAUCUUGAUGGAGUUUAUGCAGGGUACGUCCGCGCAGAAGCGAUGGCGUACUAUGUCGAUGGAGCAGAAGAUUGUGCUGACGGAGCGAAUUGCAACCUUCCAGUUUGAGCUUUCAGGUCUCGAGAAGCAAGAACCAGCCUUCAAAGGUAUAGGGACAUUGGAUUCUCCUGAGAUUGACCUCGAGGCCGACUUCAGAGCACCCGAAGCUGCGAUUACACCCGGACGCAUGGUUAUCCCUGAGUUCUUCAAGGGCGAUUAUCUUACAUAUGACAUCCCAAGGGGGCCAUUUCUCUCUACUCAUGAUUGGCUAAGCGCCGUAUUGACAUUCGCCAUACACCAUCAGAAAUUAGUUCUAGAGAACUCUCAGGAUGAACACGAUAUUGAAGACGCCGAGGACAUCCUGCCAGUAGCGCAAAGCCUUCUGGCUCUCCUUCCUAAAGUUUUCCCUCCGGAUUUGGGCAGGCCAGAGCCAUCAGCUCUCCAUCACCACUAUUCCCACCUCGACAACAUCCUAGUUAACGAACAAGGAGAAGUUACAGCUGUGAUCGACUGGGAAUGUGUCACAGCACUGCCCCUCUGGAAGUUGAGUCAGGUGCCCAACUUCCUUAUUGACCAGCCUCGCGAAGAUGAGCCUCAGCGUGACGCAUAUAUGAACGAGACACCAGAAGAGGCUGCCGAAGCAGCGGAUAGGCGCAACGAUCCAGAUUACCUCGACAACGAAGGCAAGAAUCAGUUAUACUGGAUUCACAUGAUGGAGUAUGAGACUACGCUGCUACGCAAAGUCUACAAAGCAAAAUUGGAAGAGGUGUGUCCGGAUUGA